AUGGGCUCCGAAACACCAGUCUGGAGUCCCCAGACAGUCUUGUCUACUCUGCCUCACCCCCCAGAGGAAAACUCCGCCUCCCCCGUUUCCUUCUUCCACCUGCUCGAACGACUCAAGACUACCAAGCGCGAGGGCUGGCGCCGUUUCGAUAUCCACCAUGGCGAAUCGAUCUCGGAUCAUAUGUACCGCAUGUCCAUCAUGACAAUGUUCGCUCCUCCGUCGUUGGCCGCGAAGAUCAACCUGCCCCACUGCACGAAGAUGGCCCUGGUUCACGACAUGGCCGAAUCGCUCGUGGGUGAUAUCACACCGGUGGACAACGUGAGCAAGUCCGAGAAGGCUCGACGAGAAGCAGAAGUGAUGGACUAUAUCUCCAAGACUUUGUUGGCCGGUGUUCCCGGGGGCAUGCUGUCGGGACAAGAAAUCAUGAACGUAUUCCAAGAGUACGAAGAGAACAAGACUCUCGAGGCUCAGUAUGUUCACGAUAUCGAUAAGAUUGAACUGCUCCUGCAGAUGGUCGAGUACGAGCGUACCCAUGACGUCGAUUUGACUGAAUUUUGCCAUGUCGCUCCCCGGGUUCAGCUGCCCGAGACCAAGGAAUGGGCCGCUACACUCAUUAAGGAACGAGAGGAACUGCAGAAGCAAAAGAAGCAAAAGGCAGCCAAUGGUGUGCAGGCAUAA